UUGUAGAAAAUACAUCAGUAUUCCCAGGGAAUUUGAAAAGAAGACAUCAGAAUACACAAUGGGAUUCAAAAACAAAGUCGUAAUUGUGACAGGCGCCAGCUCAGGCAUCGGGGCAGCAAUUGCCACAGCAUUCAGCGACCAAGGAGCGAAGGUGGUAAUGGUUGGGAGGAAUGAAGCAAAGCUGAAUAAAGUUGCUGCCAAAUGCUGCAAGCCUCUGGUCUUGAUCGCUGACGUUGCCAAAGAUGACGACGUAAAGAAGAUUAUUGAGCAAACUAUCAAGAAGUACGGUCAGAUAGACGUCUUGGUCAACAACGCUGGUCUUGGACGUAAGGCUUCGAUUCUUGAUGAGAACCUUAUGGAAGCAUACGACACCAUCAUGAGCGUUAAUGUCCGUGGACUUGUACAUUUGACUUCCCGCGCCGCACCGUAUUUAGCGAAAACUAAAGGUAACGUCGUCAACAUAGCGAGCGUGGCGUCUCACAUCCCCUCUCCAUUACCAGGCUUCCUGAGCUAUUGCAUCUCCAAAGCUGCUGUAUCCCACUUCACCAGAUGCGCUGCCGCCGAGCUGGCAUGCCAAGGCGUCAGAGUGAACUCAAUUAGCCCAGGGCCAGUCAAAACGGACUUCAUAGACAAUGCCAAGAUGGACUUCACAUGGGACGAAGCUGGUGAUAAAACGGUUUUGAAAAGAGUGUCAGAGCCUGGAGAAAUAGCUGACUUGGUUCUGUUUGUGGCUAGCGCUAAAGCUAUAGGCAUUACCGGUUCGGAUUUCCUGAGUGAUAAUGGACUUAUAGUAAAACGCAGUUAGAUAACUAAUAACAGUGUGCCUAGUGAGAUUUUUCAAUAUUUUCAUACUGUUACUAUCGCGUUGACGUAAACGCGAAUUUAUAUGGAAUUGAAACAGUUGUGCAGACUAGAUGGCGUUGUUGCAAUCCCUUAGAAAUUCGCGUUUACGUUAACGCGAUAGUAACAGUAUCAAACAGUCACUAUGGCCUCAGUGUACCUAGUGGUAGUUUUCAAUAUUUUCAUACUGUUACUAUCGCGUUGACGUAAACGCGCAUUUAUAUGGAAUGGACACAGUUGUGCAGUAGUGCCACUAGAUGGCGCUGUUUUAAUUCCUUAGAAAUUCACGUUUACGUUAACGCGAUAGUAACAGUGUCAAACUGCCACUAGGCCUUCUGUUUACAAUACUUUACUUUUUGGGACACCCUGUGUAUCGUCGCAGCAGCGGUACACUCACACUAUAAUAAUGAUAUUUAUUUUACUACCCGCUAAUGAUUGUUCUUUGUUUUUCUUCUCUUUUUCGUUUGUUAUUUAAUUUUUUCUUUAAUAUUGUAUUAUGUAAUAAUAACCAGUGCACAGUAAAACCAACUGUGGUUUGUGUUUUAUUAUUUUUAACCGACUUCCAAAAAGGAGGAGGUUCUACGUUCGGCUGUAUGUAUGUUUUUUUUUUUUUUUUUUUUUUUUUAUGUAUGUCCAGCGAUAAUUCCGUCAAUUAUGGACCGAUUUUGAAAAUUCUUUUUUUGUUUUGAAGGGUUUACUUCCAGGGUGGUCCCAUUUUUUUCAUGUCAGGAUCUAAUGAUGGCAUCCUGGAGAAAUUGAGGGGAACUUUCGAAAGUUGUAGAGACGGCUAGUGCGUUUGUUAGUGUUUCCAUAAGGUAUUUUAAGCCACUACAACUUUAUGAAGGUUUGGAGUUGGUCUGAUGAUGGAGCCGAAACACAGACGAUGGAACUCGUCAAGGAUUUACAGCAGUCACUUUUUGUUUGGGCUUGAUUAAUUUGUAUUGAUGAGUACUUUCUACCUAUAUGGGUUGUGACUGUAUUAAGGGUCUGGUGAUGAAGACGAGGGACAGUGAAGAGAACUCCUCGACGGUUCACAGUAGCUACCUUGUGUUUGGACUUGAUAAAUUUGUAUUGAUGAGAACUUUCCACCUAGAUGGAUUGUGACUGUAUUAAGGGUCUGAUGAUGAAGACGAGGAACAGUGAAGAGAACUCCUCGACGGUUCACAGUAGCUACCUUGUGUUUGGACUUGAUAAUUUUGUAUUGAUAAGAACUUUCCACUUAGAUAGGUUGUGACUGUACACACGCAGUAGGUAUGCUAACACUAAAAAUAAAAAAAUAAAAAUUUUAAUAAAAAAAAUUCAACCGACUUCCACCCCUAAAAAUAACUAACUAAAAAGCAAAAAAUAACAUCCUACCUAUGUGCUACCUUCUGAUCAGUUUGAAGGCGGUGCCAAGCCA